AUGUCUGGACGAGGAAGGUAUCGGGGUAACAGUUGUCAUGGAAAAACGCUGUCCUCGGUGGCGAAAGAGACCGCUACUUCUUUACCUGAGGACAGUCCUGUCCUGCAAAUGUUUAAGAUUGCUGCCCAUAAGCUGAAUGACCGGCAAGAUAGGCACGAGCGCCUGGUCAAACUUUCUAGAGAUGUUACUAUUGAAAGCAAGAGAAUUAUAUUUUUAUUACAUUCGGCAAUCACUAAAACAUCAGCAGAAAAAUCUAUACACGAGGCCAAAGAACGCUUACAAAAACUCAUCCAAGGACCACUAAAAGGCAUUGGGCUAGAGCUAGAGAAUAGCCCAGCUCACUUACACUCUAGGGCAGUUACUCCAGGAUUUCAAGAGUUUAUAGAAGCCAGAAUGUUCUGCUCAUUCAUGGAAAACAAAUUACUUAUAACAUGGCCAGAGGUUCAGAAGGAAUUAGAAUAUAAAGAGGAAGACAGGACCGUUAUUACAAUGGUGCCACAAUUAGACUAUAUGUUAGGGUUGGCAGAUUUGACUGGUGAAUUGAUGCGAAAAGCCAUAAACAGCAUCUCAAGCGGUGAUAGCGAAGAAUGCUUUGACUCUUGCCAGGCUGUGAGAGACCUGUAUACUGGGUAUUUAGGAAUAUUUGGCACUGGGAAGGAGUUGGCACGCAAAUUGUCUACAACUCGCAAUAAUGUAUUUAAAGUGGAAUCUGCUGUGUAUGCCUUACGCGUCAGGGGUGGUGAGGCACCACCCACACUGCUACUUGCUGCUAAGCCAGACUGGGAGCGGAAUGAUCACUCAGAUGAUGAAGGAUUCUUUUAA